AUGGAGAGAAAGCCCAGUCGCCGAAAAUCGAGAACCCCGAAGAUCACAGAACGGAAUGAAUCGGACACUGGCUCUCAAAAUGCGUCUGCCGGAAGAACAACAAAAUAUUGGCCCUGCAGCAUCGUGAUUUGUCCACUGAUUUUAUGCAUCCUCACUGCAUUGCUUUUCCUCGAACAGUUCACCACACCAGAUUCAUUGCGCUUCGUACUAGCCUCCCCUAAGAUUCACCAUGGUGAAACGCUACAUUCCCAAGUGCACAACCCUGACUUAGCUCGCCCGAGCAUAGAGCUUCAUCCAGAGGACCACGUAUAUCGGGGACCAGUGACACAACACCUUGACUGGGUAGUCACUGAUGAUUACCUUCGCCCAGAUGGGGUGCUGAAGCAGGUCUACCUUGUCAACGGUAUAUUCCCGGGUCCAACUCUUGAGGCCCGUUCUGGAGAUACACUUAUAAUAAAUGUCACAAAUGCACUACAAGGGGAACCAAUCUCUGUCCACUGGCAUGGGCUUCAUGUUCAGAAUACAAUGGAUGGGGUUCCUGGAGUGACACAAAAUGCCAUCUCACCCGGAUCGACCUUCAUGUACAACCUGACUAUUCCCCAUGACCAAAGCGGCACCUUUUGGUAUCAUGGCCAUACUGGAACCUCGAGGGCGGAUGGCCUAUACGGCGGCUUUGUUGUGCAUGCGCCUUCUUCCAGGCCUACUGUUCGCGGACUCAUGACCCGUGACAGCGCCGAGUCCCUGGAGUACGGUUACGAAAGAGAGUUUCUACUUCUGAUUGGGGAUUGGUACCAUCAACCUGGCGAUCAAGUCUUGGCCUGGUACAUGAGCAUCGCAUCUUUCGGAAAUGAACCAGUGCCUGACUCGCUGUUAAUCAACGGGGCGGGCAGCUUCGACUGCUCUAUGGCUGUGCCUGCUCGACCCUUGGAUUGCAUUGAACAGCAGAUCAACCUCUCGUAUCUCUCAGAUAUAGCCACAGCCUAUAGAUUGCGCGUCGUCAACACCGGCUCCUUAGCAGGAUUUACUCUAUCAUUCGAAAACAAACCCCUAACCCUGAUCCAAGUAGACAGCACCGCCGUCGAACCCCAAGAAGCCCCAUCAGCAGGAAUCCUCUACCCUGGCCAACGCAUGGACCUCAUCCUCCAACCUUCAAAAGGAGAACUAACAUCUCUAACAAUUCACCUAGACCAAGACUGCUUCAACUAUCCAAACAUAGCCCUAACCCCAACCCAAACAUUCCCAAUAACACCCUCCCACUUCCCAUUACUCCCCCAAUCCCUCCCAAAAGACACCCUAGACCUCCACAACACGCCCUCAAAACCGUCACUCCUCUCAAACAUACCCACGAACCCCACCCAAACACAGGUAAUCUACACCAAAAUUCAAAAAUUAAGCAUAAACCACAACAUCCCGAACGGCUUUUUCAACCGCACCUCAUGGCGUCCGCAAACAGGUUCCCCACUCAAUAGCCUCCCGCGGGAUAAAUGGGACGAUAACCAAUUCUCGUUGGCCGUACCUGAUUCCGAAUGGGUUGAUGUGGUGGUGAAUAAUCUAGAUGAGGGAGGGCAUCCGUUCCAUCUGCACGGCCACCACUUCUAUAUCCUUAGGGUUUAUGAGGCACCUAUCGGCUGGGGCUCGUAUAAUCCUUUUGUGGAUUCGGUUCCGCCGGGGUUGGAGUCCGAGUCCGGGUAUGAUCUCUCUCGUGCGAUGCUCCGGGAUACGGUGUAUAUUCCCAGUCGGGGUUAUGCAGUUUUGCGGUUCCGGGCAGAUAAUCCGGGGGUGUGGCUGUUCCACUGUCAUAUUGUUUGGCAUUUGGCGAGUGGGAUGGCGAUGUUGGUUGACGUUGGAGAGUAUAGUAGCUACCAGUAG